AUGGGGGCGGAAACCGACGCCUCUGCGUUAUCCCGGCCGCCAUCGGGCGUGAAGAGACGUUCGACGGCGCCCACAUUCGCCAUGUACCGCACGCUGGCCGCAGCAUGGCUGGGUUGUCUCUGCGCAGGCGCAGCUCUGGGAUACGCGCCUGCCGCUCUGCGUACGCUAACGGCCGUGCCUACCGCCCAGGGCGACAACGUGUCCCCGACCAUCUCCGCCGAUGGCGCCAUCUGGUUUAGCUCUAUGCUGCCGCUAGGCGCCGUUGUGGGCAGCAUGUGUGCCGGCAAUCUGUGCCAGUGGCUGGGCCGACGCAAGGCCAUGGUUGGCUGCUCGCUCGGGUUCCUCCUUGCCUGGCUGUGGUUGCACUCGACCGACAGUGUGACCGGUCUGUACUCGGCUCACUUCGCAGCGGGCUUCUCCGUGGGCUUGGUGUCCCUCUGUGCUACUGCUCACAGUGUCGAGGUGGCCGCGGCUGUCAAUCGAGGAUUCGUGAGGCGUUUGACUGUACCGAGCCGCACCGCGCAGGGUGGCGGCCUAUUCGUGGCAGUGACUGCGGGCAUGCUCUAUUCCCACUGCCUGGGCCUACUUCUGGACUGGUCUUGGCUGGCCCUGGGGUGCGCCAUCCCGGCGCUGCUGUUCGCAGCCGUGGCUCCCUUCGCGGUCGAGUCACCCCGUUGGCUCUUGCUGCAUGCACGGAGGGACCGCGCUGUGCAGGUGUGA